AUGGGAACAGUAGAGAAGGAAGUAAACGAGGGGAAAAGGGAGGACCUCUGGGGUUUGGCUAGAUCGAAGGAAGAAACAACGAAGCUGCAUUGGCCUUCGGUGGGUGCAGAUGGGAGUUGUAGGGCGGCAGUGGGUCAUCUAGGGUGGUGGCAGUUGGCAUUUUCGUCUGCUUUUUUGAGAAAUCAGUGGCUUUUGCUUGUGGAAUCGGUGAUGAGCAAGGAUGACCAAGAGAUGGUUGUUGCUCUUUUGAUUACUGGGAAUUUACCCAUCUCUAGUGGUGUUCUUUAG